GUAGGCCCCGUUCCCGGCGCUGCCGUCCGUGUCCCGUCGCUUCCCGGGCAUUCCCGGCCAUGUACCGGCCGGGAUUCCGCGCGCCCACACCUCCCUACGCGGGCGGCGGCGCCUUCCGGAGCCCCCCGUCCGGCGGAGGGCCCCUGCCGCCCUCGCCGCGGGGCUACGGCAGCCCCCACCACACGCCGCCCUACGGGCCCCGGCCCGGCCCGUACGGCGGCGGCCUCUCGCCCCGCGGGCCCGGCUUCCAGGGGCGCUUUGGGAGCCCCUCGCCGGGGGCGCAGACCCCGCGCAGGUCGCAGAGCGGCAGCCCCCGGUACCCGGCCCCCUACGGCGGCGCGUCCCCGGCCGGGGCGCCCCCGCACCUGCCGCCGCAGCACAAGCGCUCGCCCGGGGGCUUCCAGAGGCACUUCCAGGGAUCACCCAGGACAUCUACUCCAUUUGGUACAGCGCAUGGCAGAGAGAAAAGAGUGUCUAAUGAUGUGGAAAACUAUUACAGACCUUCAAUGCUUGAGGACCCAUGGGCUGGCCUAGAGCCAGUUUCUGUUACAGACAUAAACCAGCAAUACAGCAGUGAGCAAACAACAUGUACUGCUAAAAAAGGGAGGUAUUUCAGCUAACACUUUUAAAGGCCAAAUAACUCCAUCUUAUCAGGAAAACUUUGGGACAAAAUCUUAACACUUACACAAGAUGAACAGUAAUCAAGACCUUAGAUAAUGUUUUUAUUUGAUCAUACGUCCACCCUUUUAUCCUACUUUUUUUUUAUUGCAUUGGAUAUUUUUAUGUAUGGGAUGGAAAAGGAGUGGUAGGAAACCUUACAUUUCUGGCUAUGUGGAAGUGCCUACCAGCUUUGAAGAACAAAGUGUUCUUUAAUCACCAGCGACUGAUUUGUGACUGUUAAAACAGGUUUCCAUAUACUUACCUCUUCCAUGCCAGAUUGUUAGCCUUUUAUUGUAAAGUACUUUAGGAAGUGGUAUUUUUUUAUGUUUCAACAUUUUUAGAAUGAAGUAACUUGGAAAAAAAAAAAAGUUUUGUAAA